AUGCUCAGGCCAGGCACUCCAGUCAUUCUGUUCCACCUCUUUAGCUUCUUUACUCAGAGAGAAGCUCUUUCUCAAGAGAUCAUGUACCCCUAUGGGCCCGUCCACCGAGAUCUGGAGACACCCAAGAUGGAUGAUGGAAGUUCCACUGAAAUAAUUAUACUCAUGCCAUUCAUUUUCUUUAAUAACCCCUAUCGCUCAAUCUAUGUCAACAACAACGGUGUGAUCUCCUUCAACGUGCAGGUGAGCCAGUUCACCCCCGAGGCCUUCCCCCUGAGUGACAGCAGAUCCUUCAUCGCCCCACUAUGGGCAGACGUGCACAACGGCAUCCGCGGAGAUGUGUACUACCGCGAGAGCGCAGACCCAGAGUUACUGGAGCGGGCCUCACGAGACAUCCGCAAGUACUUCAAGAACAUGCCCACCUUCACAGCCACCUGGGUCUUCAUCACAACCUGGCACCAGGUCACCUUCUACGGAGGCAGUCAGACCACCCCGGUUAACACGUUUCAGGCUGUAUUGAUAUCAGAUGGUCUGUCAUGCUUUUCCAUGUUCAACUAUGGAGAGAUCAACUGGAGCACAGGCACUGCAAGUGGAGGAGACCCUCUGACUGGUUUAGGUGGAACCACAGCACAGUCAGGUUUUAAUGGAGGAGACAUUGGUCACUUUCUCAACCUGCCUGGGUCCCGCUCCAAUGACGUGGUUGAAAUCGAGCAGACGACCAAUGUUAACCUGCCUGGCCGCUGGGUCUUCCGUAUAGACACUGCCCUGAUAGACCCAGCCAACGGCUGCAGUUACAAUGGGCGGUUCUAUCGCCGCGGCGAGAUCUUCUGGCUGUCUGACCAGUGCUCCCAGCGGUGCCGCUGCCUAGACAUGGACAACGAGGUGCUCUGCCAGGAGGCGCCAUGCGGCCAGCUGGAAACAUGCGAGCAGCAGGAGGGUGCCUUCUACUGCCAGCCCACGCGCACCAGCACCUGCGUGGUUUUCGGUGACCCACACUACCAUACCUUUGACGGCUUCCUCUACCACUUCCAGGGCACCUGCUCCUAUUUGCUUGCACGGCCAUGCUGGGAGGUGGCCGGCCUGCCCUUCUUCAGCGUGGAGGCAAAGAACGAGAACCGCGGCGUGGCCUCCGUAUCUUGGUUGAGGGACGUUACUGUGGAGGUGUACGGCCACCGCGUCACCCUGCCUAAGGGCAGCCAGGGCACUGUACAGGUGGAUGGGCUGGUAAAGACACUACCAGUCCAACUCCAGCUGGGUGCGGUCAGGGUGUACCAGUCAGGUGUUGCUGUCGCCCUGGAGACCGACUUUGGCCUCCUGGUGUCUUACGACGGGCAGCACUAUGCCUCUAUCUCCCUGCCCAGCUCCUACUUCAACAACACAUGCGGCCUGUGUGGUAACUAUAACGACGACCCUGCCGACGACCCCGUGCUGCCCGACGGCUCGCUGGCCGAGAGCGUGGUGGAGCUAGGUGGCAGCUGGCGAGCAGAGGACGCUGACUGGCGCUGCACGGAUGGCUGCGCCCAGAACUGCAGUAUCUGUGACCCGUUGACCGAGGCGUUCUACUUCCGCCCGGACUACUGUGGACUCAUCAACAAGACAGACGGGCCUUUCAGGGACUGCAGGGCAGUGGUGGACCCCACGGCCUUCGUCUAUAGUUGUGUCUACGACAUGUGCAGCAACAGGGACAACAUUACCACCCUGUGUCAGGCCAUCCAGGCCUAUGCCUUAGCCUGCCAAGCCCUGGGGGUCACCAUACGACCCUGGAGAUCACGCACCUUCUGUGCCCUGACAUGCCCUGAGUCCAGCCACUACCAGGUGUGCACCAGUGCCUGCCCGGCCUCCUGCUCAGACCUCACCGCUCACCUGUACUGUGCCCACCCCUGCACCGAGGGCUGCCAGUGCGACCCGGGCUACGUGCUGAGUGGCAGCCGCUGUGUCCGGCGGCAGGACUGCGGCUGCGAGCGUGACGGCCUAUAUUACCCCCUCAACGACACUUUCUGGGCGGGCCCCACUGGCGAGGCCAGAGAGUGUACCCUGCGCUGUGUCUGUGGGCCCAACGGCGAAGUCUCCUGCUUCAACGACUCGUGUAGAGAAGGCGAGGUGUGUGUGGCGGAGGUCGGCCUGUUGGGUUGUUACCCCCGCAGGGAGGGAGUGUGUUCUCUGGGCCAGAACGCUGUGACGGCCUCCUUCGACGGGGCCUCCAUGCUCUUUCCGGACGACAGCUCCUACUACCUGCUGAGGUCGUGCGGGCCGACGCCGGCCAACGUGUCGGCUGUGGAGGUGAAGAUGGGCCGGCGGUUGGUGAACAAGGGUCCGGCCUGGAUGAGGCCCGUGGUGGUCAGGGUGGCCAACCUGGAGGCCCAGAUGGGUGGAUCGGACUUUGACACAGUGAAGCUGAACGGUGAACCGGUACUACUACCUUAUAUCCACCCUCUGGAGACCCUGAUGAUCUACCGCGCCCCGGGCAACGCCACCGUGGUGGAGUCCAGCGGAUUGGUCCUAGUCCGCUACACCCGCCAGGGCUUCCUCAACAUCUCCCUCUCUACCCUCUUUUACAACGCCACCUGUGGCCUGUGCGGCCUCUUCAACGGAAAUGCCAGCGACGACCUCCGUCUACCCAACGGCCGUCUGGCCGAAUCCCCCGAACUCUUUACCGAAGGCUGGCGGGCCAUCGCUGACGACCUGACAUGUAACGGCGAUUGCGACGACCUGUACCGCAUGUGCACGGACCUGCGGCUCUACCAGAGCCCAUGGAUGUGUGGCAACAUCAACGACCCGGGGAACAGCUCCUUCCUGGCGUGCCAUGGUGCUGUCAACCCCUCGCCGUUCUUCCGGAACUGCCUGUACAACAUGUGCGUGCGUGAGGGAAACCGCUCGGCGCUCUGCUCUUCGCUGCAGGCGUAUGCCUCAGCCUGUCAGGACGCCCAGGAGGGUUGCCAGUGCGAGGAGGGCUUUGCGCUGCGCAAUGGCCAGUGCGUGGCACGCAGUGACUGCGGCUGCCUCGACCUUGGCAGCCGGCAGCUGACCACCAACCAAACCUUCUGGACCGACUGGGAGUGCAAAGAGCGCUGCUACUGCAACGGCUCGGACAACAGCGUCUACUGCACGCUGGCACCAUGCGGGGAGGGCGAGUACUGCCAGGAGGGCCUUGAGGGCCUCUACUUCUGUCAGCCGCGCACCGAGGCGCUAUGCGUUGCCGCCGGUUACAGCCACUUUCUUCCGUUCGGUGGUGUGCCCUUCGAGCUACAGAGCAGCUGUACCUUGAGGCUGGCUACGACGGCGUGCAACGGCGGGGUGGUGGGGGAGGAUGAUGGGGAUCAGAGCCCCGCCACCCAGCCUGGGACGAGCAGCAGCGCCACCUUCCCUCACUUCAAGCUGUCAGCCCGGAACGAGGAGAGGGACACAGGGCAGGCCAUCUGGGUGAGAGGGUUCGUCUUGGAGGUCUACGGCUAUGAGAUUGAGGUGUCUCGGAGCUACAAACACACCAUCACGGUGAAUAAGGAGCGUCUAUACCUGCCUCUGAAGCUGGGACCAGGGAAGGUCCACAUCUUCACCUUCGGCAUGCAGCUGGUGUUGGAGACGGACUUUGGCCUGAAGGUAGCCUUUGACUGGAACACCCUGCUCCUGCUCACGCUGCCCAGACGCCUCUACAACGCAACCUGCGGCCUGUGCCAGGGCAUGCCACUCUCGUCUCCGCCCACCUUCACCACCAACGACUGGGGCAUGGCCUGGGCUGAUCGGGACACCUUCUGCCAGGUAGGCUGCGGCGACUCGUGCCCACGUUGCGGAUUGGUCGAGAGAGGCCUCGGCGCCGUCGACGCCCCUCUCCUUGUCACGGAUGUCAACGUGGAAGGUGGGGCACAAAAUGUCGAGGGAGGAGGCAUCAAUGUUGAAGGCGGGGGCUACACGGGAAUCCGAUUCCACCUGGGUGACGGGCUGUACGUAUUUGUGGAGCCCGAAGCAGUGCGUCUGUGCGGGCUCAUCGCGGACCGCGGUGGUGUGUUUGCACGCUGUCACAGCAAGGUGUCGCCAGCGUUCUUUUACCAGAGCUGUCUGCAGGACACGUGCCUGGACCAGGGCGCCCCAGAAACUAUUUGCAACUGGCUGCAGAUCUACACCAGCACAUGCCAGACCCAGGGGGUGCGUGUGUUAGGCUGGAGAAGUGACACGCCCUGUGUGCUGACGUGCCCAGCUAACAGCCACUACUCUGGCUGCAUGUCAGUGUGCCAGCCGCAGUGUGCCCCAGCCCGAGGCCAGAGGGAGUGCAUCCAGGACUGUGUGGAGGGCUGUCAGUGUGACCAGGGCUACGUCCUCAACGGCAAAGGCUGCAUCCUGCCCCAGAACUGUGGCUGCUACACGGACGGCAAGUACUAUGAGCCCAAACAACUGUUCUGGAAUGGCGACUGCACCAAGCGCUGCCAGUGCAUCGGCCGCAACCUCAUCCAGUGCGACCCGCGCCGCUGCAAGGCCGAGGAGGAGUGUGCCCUGCACCAUGGUGUGCGCGGCUGCUUUGCCCGGCGCUCACAGCACUGCGUGGCAUCCGGCGGCGGCGUCUUCAGGACCUUUGACGGGGCGUCCUUGCGCCUGCCUGCCUCCUGCUCCUUCGUGCUGUCCACCAACUGCCACAAGCUACCUGACCUCUCCUUCCAGCUCAUCGCCAACUUCGACAAGUGGAGCACGCCAAACCUCACCACCAUCUCCCACGCAUACCUCUAUAUCAACGAGGAGAAUAUUCUGAUCUCCGGGAGCACUGUGAAAGUGAACGGCACGCCCGUAUCGGUGCCAUUCGUCACGGGUUUAAUGACACGCGUCUCCACGUCGGAGGGCUUCCUGGUCAUCGACACACCACAGGACAUCCAGGUGCGCUACAACCGCUUCAACACGCUUAGUAUCACCAUGGGCCAGCGGCUGCAAAACAAGGUGUGUGGCCUUUGUGGCAACUUCAACGGAGACCCCACUGACGACUACAUCACCUCCCGCGGGAAGCCAGCCAUCAGCGCCCUGGAGCUGGCCCAGAGCUGGAAGACCAAUGGGAUGCAGAACAGCUGUGACGAGACCCAGUACGUGGCACUGGCCCAGUCGUGCGAGAACACGGCCGUGCUUGGCCUCCAGGGCGAGGAGGGGUGCCAGAAGCUCACCCAAAUGAAGGGCUUCUUCCAGCCCUGCCACGGCCUGCUGGACCCCAGGCCAUUCUACCAGUCCUGCUACCUGGACGGCUGCUACAACCACCGCAAGGCCCAGGUGUGCGGCUCGCUCGCUGCCUACGGCGAGGCCUGCCGCUCCCUGGGCACGCUCACCACAAAAUGGAUCGCGCAGGAGAACUGCUCAGAAUGGAUCUACGACCCCUGUGCAGGAGAGAUCUGCACCAACAACACGUGUGAGCAGGAAAACGGGGGAGACCUGUGUGGCUGCCCCGAGCUGCCCAACAACGCUGGGGACGAGGAUGACAUCAUCCAGGCAGAGGUGACGUGUAAGCACGCCCAGAUGGAGGUGUCCAUCUCCAAGUGUAAGCUCUUCCAGCUGGGCUUCGAGCGCGAGGACGUGAGGAUCAACGACCAGCACUGCCCCGGCAUUGAGGGAGAGGACUUCAUAUCCUUUCACAUCAACAACACCAAGGGCCAUUGCGGCUCCAUCGUACAGUCCAACAGCACACACAUCAUGUACAAGAACACGGUGUGGAUUGAGAGCGUGAACAACACUGGCAACAUCAUUACCAGGGACAAGACCAUCAACGUGGAGUUUUCCUGCGCCUACGAGCUGGACCUCAAGAUAUCUCUGGAGACCGUGCUUAGGCCCAUGCUCAGGUUAGAGGACCUACUCUUUCUCAACACCCAGGAGGGUAACUUCAUCACUAAGAUGGCACUGUACAAGAACUCGUCGUACCACCAGCCGUACCGCGAGGGCGAGGUGGUGCUGAGCACACGGGACAUCCUCUUCGUGGGGGUGUUUGUGGAGGGGGCCGACGAGAACCAGCUCAUCCUUAUCGUCAAUAUGUGCUGGGCCACGCCGUCCCGCUACAGCAGCGACCGGCUCCGCUACAUCAUCAUAGAAAGAGGUUGUCCCAACAUCAAGGAUAACACCAUAGGCAUGGCUGAGAACGGGGUGUCCCUCACCUGCCGCUUCCACGUCACAGUCUUCAAGUUCAUUGGGGACUAUGACGAGGUCCACCUCCACUCUGUCAGCUCCAGCGUUGACCUACGACCCCUCGUUCUCCCUCUGGCCCUUAGCACGGUGGUCUCCGUGCUCCAUGCUCACUCACACACUUCUCUCUUCUCCUAACACUGGAAGGACAGUCAGAGAGAGAGGAGGGAGAGAGAGAGACAGAUAAAAAGAAAAGAGGAGAGCAAUGUAACACGAAAUAACAGCAAAAUAUAGAACAGACAGCUACACUUCCUGCUCACUGUCACAGAGACAUCCACAGCAACCAAUCACAGAGACAAGAAGCCCUUCCCUCUGGAUGGACUUAACAACAACAACUCAAGGCCCUGGAUCACAACAACAACAACCACAAGGCCCUGGACCACAACAACAACAACUCACAAGGCCCUGGAUCACAACA